CCUAGGCCAGGGAAGCCGGGCCUUGCACAAUUGGCGAGGCGCAGGCGGCCGUCCUUCGAGUCGCCGAUCCAUCCUGCUCAUUCCUUGUCCUUCCUGUGCUGGCCGCUCGUCUCUGCCGGCCCUCCGCAUGUCUCCUGCUGGGCCCCACCCGCAGGGCCCACCUGCCGACGCGCUCCUGCAGGACGCCGAGGAGGAUGGGGACCUGGAGGCAGAAGAAGCGGGGCGCGACGCACGGGCCUGGGAGCGCGAGUACGCUGACGAGCGGUCAUGGGAGAUGCUGCAGGAGGACGAUGCGGGCCUGCUGCGCGCCCUGGACGUGACCGCGCAGCAGCGCGAGCGCCGCCGCAGGCACCUCGCUGCGCCUGCCGCACGUAUUCGGCGGGGCAUGAUUCGCUACCUCGUCCUGGUGGUGGACCUCUCGCGCGCGGCGGCCGAGGUUGACUUCCACCCGUCGCGCAUGGCCGUCGUGGCAGCGCUGGUGGAGGUGUUCAUCCGCGAGUUCUUUGACCAGAACCCGCUGAGCCACCUGGGCAUCAUUGCGCUGCGCGCCGGCGUGGCCCAGCGGCUGACGGAGCUGAGCGGCAGCCCGCAGUCCCACAUCACCGCCCUCAAGGCGAGCCUGGGUGCUGACGGCGAGGCGUCGCUGCAGAACGGCCUGGACCUCGCCCGCGCCGCGCUGGCGCCCAUCCCCGCCUACGGCCACCGCGAGGUGGUGGUCGUGUCGUCGGCGCUGACGACAUGCGACCCGGGGGACAUCCACGCGGCCAUCGCCGCCUGCAAGAAGCACCGCAUCCGCUGCUCCGUCGUGGGCCUCGCCGCCGAGGUGUACAUCUGCGCCACGCUGGCCCGCCUCACCGGGGGCACCUACACCAUCGCCACCUCCGAGGGCCACCUGCGCGACCUGCUGCUGGAGCACGCGCCCCCCCCGCCCGCCCUGCAGCAGGACGCGCCCGCCAGCCUCAUCCGCAUGGGCUUCCCCCAGCGGCAGCCUGACGGCGCGGCCAGCAUCUGCGCCUGCCACGCCGACCUCCGCCUGGACGGCGCCUACGUCUGCCCGCGCUGCAAGGCCCGGGUGUGCGAGCUGCCCACGGAGUGCCACGUGUGCAGCAUCACGCUCAUGUCGUCCCCCCACCUGGCGCGCAGCUACCACCACCUCUUCCCGGUGCCGCCCUACGACGAGUGGCAGGCGUCCUCCUCCUCCGCUGCGCUGCCGGCCACGUGCUUCGCCUGCCAGGCUGGGCUGCCCGGCGUUGCGGGUGGUGCGACCGGCGUGCGUCUGGUGUGCCCCCGCUGCGCGCGCCACUUUUGCUUCGACUGCGACGCCAUCGUGCACGAGAGCCUGCACAACUGCCCCGGCUGCGAGUGCCGCCCAGCCGCACCCGACGACCCCCCCGGAUGACCGCGGCCCAGCGCACACCCGCGCACCAGCGGGCGGCGGACCUGAACGAAGCAACACGGGCGCCUCCAACAAGGACGUUUCUGGGCCGUGGGAACGCCCCAGAACGUGUAAGCUGCGGCGAAGUGGAUUGUGAACCUCACGAAGCUCGAAGGAAACAGAUGGGGGCAUCAAAGCUCUGGAUCAGGGUGUUUCAGAUGCAGACGUAGUGAAGAGAGGCGCGUCACUGCUGCUCAAUAGCCAGUCUGGGAAUGCAGAACCUGUCUCCCAUAAAAAGGCUUUUUCGACAACCAUGCUCUCACGACGCUUUAAGUUUUCCCAAAUGUUCUCUCGCAUCGAGUGCCAGAUUGCUGCAUGGUAUUUUCCACGCGAUUAGGGCAAUCUCUGUUUCUGAUUCUGUGCGGCUUAGGCUGAUCUUUUGGUCUGGUCCACCCGGCGACUCCCUCCCUCUUUCAUGUUGGGGGGAUAUGCAAGGUGUGGAAGAUAGUUGCUAACAUGUAGGGCAGUUGUAGACUUAGCAAUGGCAUUAAGUUUGGGUUUCUUUCGCUAAUAUUAGAAGCCCAUGGCUCGUUGACUUUCGACCCUAGUUCAUAGUCCAAGUUCCUCGAGCUUUUGAGUCGUCAGUCGCACACAUGCCCCUUUGGACGGUAGCCUGCGAAAAUCAUUGGAUGGUAAGGGCUGGCGCAUAUGGCGUACUACUUGUAUCCCUGAUCAGUCAUUGCAUUGGGCCCAAAGUAAUACCAAUUGGUACGCUGGUGCA